AUGGCUCCUUUAACUUUACCUGUUGGUGAAGCUUUACCGGGUGAAACUGCCCCUAGAAGAAAAUCAGCUUAUAAAAAUGCUCCCGUUGUAAGACCUGAUGAUUCAAAAGCAAUCACCAUGGCAGAUUUCUUUGAAGAAUGUGUGGCUAGAAAUGGUAAAAGAAACGCCAUGGGAUGGAGAACUUUAAUCGAUACUCAUCAUGAAAUUAAAAAAGUUACCAAAAUUAUCGAUGGUGAACCUCAACAAAUUGAUAAAGAAUGGAUCUAUUAUGAAUUAAGUCCUUAUAAUUAUAUCACUUAUCCUGAUCUUUUAACUCUUGUUAAAGAUUAUUCUAAAGGUUUAAUUGAAUUAGGUAUAAAACCAAAUCAACAAUCAAAAGUAUUUGUUUAUUCAGGUACUUCUCAUAAAUGGAUGCAAACUUUUUUAGCAUCAACUUAUCAAAAUAUCCCUAUUGUAACAGCUUAUGAUACUUUAGGUGAAUCAGGUUUAACUCAUUCUUUAGUUCAAACUGAAUCUGAUGCCAUUUAUACUGAAAAUUCUUUAUUCCCAACUUUAAUUAAACCUUUACAAAAAGCAACUCAUGUUAAAUAUAUUAUUCAUUCUGAACCAAUCGAUCCAAAUGAUAAAAGAUCUCUGGGUAAAAUUUAUCAAGAUUCUGAAAAUGCUAAACAAAAAAUCUUGGCUAUAAGACCAGAUAUAAAAUUUAUAAGUUAUGAUGAAGUUAUUGAAUUAGGUAAAUCUUCAACUUUAGGUUUAAAUUAUCCUCAACCAGAUGAUUUAGCUUGUAUAAUGUAUACUUCUGGUUCAACUGGAGAUCCAAAAGGGGUGGUUUUAAAUCAAGGUAAUUUAGUAGCUGCCGUGGGUGGUAUUUCUACUGUUGCAACUCGUGAAUUGGUUAAUAAUAAUGAUCGUGUCAUUGCAUUUUUACCAUUAGCUCAUAUUUUCGAAUUAGCUUUUGAAAUGACUAAUUUCUGGUGGGGUUCAUGUUUAGGUUAUGCCAAUGUUAAAACUUUAACUGAUGUUCUGUGUAAAAAUUGUCAAUCUGAUUUAAUGGAAUUUAAACCUACUAUUAUGGUGGGUGUAGCUGCCGUUUGGGAAUCAGUUAGAAAAGGAGUUUUAGCUAAAGUUAAACAAUUACCUUAUUUAACUCAACGUAUCUUUUGGGGUGCAUUCAAAGCUAAAUCAACUUUCACUGCUUUUAAUAUUCCUGGUGCUUCAUUCUUUGAUAUUAUCUUUAAAAAAGUUAAAGCUGCUACUGGUGGUGAAUUAAGAUGGAUUUUAAAUGGUGGUUCACCAAUUUCAAAAGAUGCUCAAGUUUUCAUUUCAACUUUAAUUGCUCCAAUGUUAUUAGGUUAUGGAUUAACUGAAACUUGUGCCAAUACUACCAUUGUUGAUCAUACUCAUUUUGAAUAUGAUUGUUUAGGUACGAUUUUAGGUUCAAUGACAUGUAAAUUAAUUGAUGUUCCUGAUGCUGGAUAUUUUGCUAAAAAUAAUCAAGGGGAAAUCCUUUUAAAGGGUAAACCACUUAUGAAUGAAUAUUAUAAGAAUGAAAAGGAAACUUUAGAUGCUUUUACUGAAGAUGGAUGGUUUAAAACUGGUGAUAUUGGAGAAUGGACUGCCAAUGGUGGUUUAAGAAUUAUUGAUCGUAAAAAGAAUUUAGUUAAAACUUUAAAUGGGGAAUAUAUUGCUUUGGAAAAAUUAGAAUCGAUUUAUAGAUCAAAUCCAACCGUGUUAAAUCUUUGUGUUUAUGCUGAUACUACUAAAGUUAAACCAAUUGCUAUAAUCUUACCUAAUGAAGUUCAUUUGAAACUGCAUUUGGUUGAUGAUAAAGUCUUCUCCAAAGAACAAAUUGAAAAAUUAGAAUUGAGUCAUCUUGUGGAUGAUAAAAAAGUAAUUAAUUCCAUUCAUAAAUAUUUAUUACAAACUGGUAAAGCUCAAGGUUUAAGAGGUAUUGAAUUAAUUCAAAAUAUUGUUCUUUUAGAUGAAGAAUGGACUCCUCAAAAUGGGUUAGUUACUUCAGCUCAAAAAUUACAAAGAAAGAAAAUUUUAGCUUCUUGUCAAGAUAAAGUUGCUGCUGCUUAUGGAUCCUCUUAG